AACAAUUGUAUAUUGAGCAAUUCAGUCCAACAUGUCGUUGCUGUGGUGCGCUGUGUUCCUUUGGUUUGGAUUUAUUUCCACUCACAUACCUGUGACCAGUGCAGAAGUGGAUCCGUUAUCCAAAGCAACUUUCAAAUACUAUUUGAACGAGUAUGCUUAUCAGAAGUCAAAAUCACAAUUUAGAGUUUUGAACAGCGAACUCAUACCGAGAAGUAGUUCCAGUACUUGUAGUCUAUGUAAAGCGGGGGCUGCAGGUUUUAUACAACUGAGAAGAAUUGGUGUUAGAAAACGCACUUUUGUGAAAGUUGCAAAAUAUGUAUGCAAAGUUGCUGGAGUAGAUGACGAUGUCUGUAAUGGGGCUAUAAACUUAAACGUAGACGCUUUACUUUACAUCAUCGACAACACUCCAAAACUGGAAGCAGCCAGAUUUUGCGCAGUAUACUUACAAUCUUCAGGUUGCGAACAACCUGAUGGCUAUGAUUGGAGUAUAAACAUUCCUCAGGGAGAAUCGGUUCCUGUCGAGGUAAAUGAGGUACCUUCUAAACCACUCAAAAUAAUUCAUAUAAGUGACAUACACUACGAACCCGAAUAUGUUGUUGGCAGUUUGGCUGAUUGUACAAAACCUGUGUGUUGCGUUAAUGCAAGUGGAUUUCCCGAAAAUGGGAAAGGUACUGCAGCAGGAAUUUAUGGAAUGUAUGGAGACUGUGACACUCCCUGGGUCACUGUCUUAAGUACCUUUGAAAAUAUUGCUAAAAAUCACCCUGAUGUCGACCUUAUAUACUAUACGGGAGAUACAAUACAUCAUCAAAUAUGGAAUACUUCUGUAGAAUCGAAUAGCAGAGAUCUUAAUCAACUCUUAUUGAAACUUAACGAAAGUUUUCCUAAUGUCCCAGUUAUCCCCAUUAUUGGAAAUCACGAACCUAGCCCGGUAAAUGUGUUUGCACCUACUAGCAUAGAAGAAGCAAAUUUAUCAAGCAAUUGGCUGUACGAAGUUUUUGCUAACAAUUUGAAAAGUUGGUUUCCUUCUACAGUCCUCAAUACCUUAAAACAAGGUGGUUACUACACAGUCAAGAUUAAGAAUAAUUUGAGAAUAAUCGGUCUUAAUAGUAACCUCUGUAUAAAUGAAAAUUGGUGGUUGUUAUAUCAAGAUUGGUACAAAGACCCUGGUGGUCAAUUGCAAUGGUUGGUAGAAGUGCUGCUGGAGGCUGAAAAGAAUAAAGAAUUCGUUCAUAUCCUUUCUCACGUUCCAUCAGCAAAUGGUGAUUGUUUAAAGGUCUGGAGCAGAGAAUAUAGAAGAAUUGUUGAAAGGUAAACCUUAAUAUUAUGUU